GUGUCUGUGGUAGCUGUCCUCAGGUGCGCUGGCCGGUUAACCUCGGUGGCUGCGGCCCAGUGCGCUUCUCUAGGAUCCGCUGACCCGGGCUCUCUUCUCGGCGGCUCUUCUGGAGCCUGGCCGCCACCGUCAGUUGUCUGCCUGAGCCUGAAGGGCCCUUCCGCGCUUAAACCUUGGUAAGUCCCUCCCGCCUAGGGAUGUGGACUGCCUCGCGGGAGCCAAGAAUGCAGAAAGCGUUUUGAAGCCCCUUGCUUACCAGUGUUGGCAUUUGGCAUUUAAAAAAUACUUAAUCAUUCAUGAGUUGAACCUCAGUCUUGAGUUAUGGAUGACAAAGCUUCUGUUGGAAAAAUCAGUGUCUCUUCUGACUCGGUAUCUACUCUUAACAGUGAAGAUUUUGUCUUGGUUUCCAGGCAAGGAGAUGAAACACCAUCUACAAAUAAUGGAAGUGAUGAUGAAAAAAUAGGACUCAAGAUUGUAGGAAAUGGAAGUGAACAGCAGCUGCAAAAAGAGCUAGCAGACGUGCUGAUGGAUCCUCCCAUGGAUGACCAGCCAGGAGACAAGGAACCUGUGGAAAGGUCACAACUGGAUGGUGAAGGAGAUGGGCCUCUUUCUAAUCAACUCUCAGCCUCAUCCACCAUUAACCCCGUUCUAUUAGUAGGGAUCCAAAAACCAGAGAUGAGUCUGCCAGUGAAACCUGGAGAAGGAGACUCAGAAGUGUCAAGUCCUUUUACACCUGUGGCUGAGGAGGACAGCGUGGUUUUCAGUAAACUGACUUACUUAGGCUGUGCCUCAGUGAAUGCCCCCAGGAGUGAAGUGGAGGCCUUGAGGAUGAUGUCCAUUUUAAGAAGCCAGUGUCAGAUUUCACUGGAUGUGACCCUGUCUGUGCCCAAUGUGUCUGAGGGCACUGUGAGACUGUUAGAUCCUCAGACGAAUACUGAAAUAGCGAACUACCCUAUCUACAAAAUCCUCUUCUGUGUCAGAGGGCAUGAUGGAACACCUGAGAGCGACUGUUUUGCUUUCACUGAAAGUCAUUACAAUGCCGAGCUCUUCAGAAUACAUGUCUUUCGCUGUGAAAUACAAGAAGCUGUAAGCCGGAUACUUUACAGUUUUGCCACUGCUUUCCGCCGUUCUGCCAAGCAGACCCCACUUUCAGCCACUGCUGCACCGCAGACUCCCGACAGUGACAUCUUUACCUUCUCUGUAUCUUUAGAAAUAAAAGAAGAUGAUGGUAAAGGUUAUUUUAGUGCUGUUCCAAAAGACAAAGACAAACAAUGCUUUAAACUACGCCAAGGAAUUGAUAAGAAGAUUGUCAUUUAUGUGCAACAAACAACUAAUAAAGAACUUGCCAUUGAAAGGUGUUUUGGUCUUCUCCUUAGCCCAGGAAAAGAUGUACGGAAUAGUGAUAUGCACUUGUUAGAUUUGGAGUCUAUGGGCAAAAGUUCUGAUGGAAAGUCCUACGUUAUUACUGGAAGCUGGAAUCCAAAAUCCCCACAUUUUCAAGUUGUAAAUGAAGAAACUCCUAAAGAUAAAGUGCUGUUUAUGACCACAGCUGUUGAUUUGGUAAUAACAGAAGUCCAAGAACCUGUUCGUUUCCUCCUAGAGACAAAAGUUCGAGUUUGCUCCCCUAAUGAAAGAUUAUUCUGGCCCUUCAGCAAACGUAGCACUACUGAAAAUUUCUUUUUGAAACUAAAACAGAUAAAGCAGAAGGAGAGAAAGAAUAAUACUGAUACUUUAUAUGAAGUUGUGUGCUUGGAAAGUGAAUCAGAAAGAGAGAGGAGGAAAACGACAGCCAGUCCUUCAGUUCGCCUGCCUCAGUCUGGAUCUCAAAGCUCAAUGAUACCUUCUCCUCCAGAAGAUGAUGAAGAGGAAGAUAAUGAUGAACCUCUCUUGAGUGGAUCUGGUGAUGUAUCCAAAGAAUGUGCAGAAAAAAUUCUUGAAACAUGGGGAGAACUGCUGUCAAAAUGGCAUCUCAACCUGAGUGUGAGACCAAAACAGUUGUUGUCCUUAGUAAGAAAUGGUGUCCCUGAAGCUCUUAGAGGAGAAGUCUGGCAGCUGCUAGCAGGUUGUCACAACAAUGACCACCUGGUGGAAAAGUACCGCAUUCUCAUCACGAAGGAGUCUCCCCAGGACAGUGCUAUUACCCGGGAUAUUAACCGGACAUUCCCAGCCCAUGACUACUUCAAGGACACAGGAGGAGAUGGGCAAGAUUCCUUAUAUAAAAUAUGCAAGGCUUAUUCUGUGUAUGAUGAAGAAAUUGGCUACUGCCAAGGACAGUCAUUUCUUGCUGCUGUGCUACUUCUCCACAUGCCUGAAGAACAGGCAUUCAGUGUUCUGGUCAAGAUCAUGUUUGAUUACGGUCUCAGGGAACUUUUCAAGCAAAACUUUGAAGAUUUGCAUUGCAAGUUUUAUCAAUUGGAGCGCCUCAUGCAGGAAUACAUUCCUGACCUGUACAACCACUUCCUGGAUAUCAGCCUUGAAGCACACAUGUAUGCCUCCCAGUGGUUUCUUACGCUUUUCACUGCAAAAUUCCCUCUCUAUAUGGUUUUUCAUAUCAUCGACCUGCUUUUAAGUGAGGGGAUAAGUGUUAUUUUUAACGUCGCCCUUGGAUUAUUAAAGACUUCCAAGGAUGACCUGCUGUUGACAGACUUUGAAGGUGCCUUGAAAUUCUUCAGGGUUCAACUUCCUAAGAGAUACCGCUCAGAAGAAAAUGCAAAAAAAUUAAUGGAAUUAGCUUGCAACAUGAAGAUUAGUCAGAAGAAGCUGAAAAAAUAUGAAAAAGAAUAUCACACCAUGAGGGAACAGCAGGCCCAGCAAGAAGACCCCAUUGAGCGAUUUGAGCGGGAGAAUAGGCGUCUCCAAGAAGCUAACAUGAGGUUGGAACAGGAAAAUGAUGACUUAGCUCAUGAGCUGGUGACCAGCAAGAUCGCCCUGCGGAAGGACCUGGAUAACGCUGAGGAAAAGGCGGAUGCACUAAAUAAGGAGCUGCUGAUGACCAAACAGAAGUUGAUUGAUGCAGAAGAAGAGAAGAGACGACUGGAAGAAGAAUCUGCGCAGCUGAAGGAAAUGUGCCGCCGAGAACUUGACAAGGCAGAAUCUGAGAUUAAAAAAAACAGUUCUAUCAUCGGUGACUAUAAGCAGAUUUGUUCUCAGUUGAGUGAAAGACUGGAGAAGCAGCAGACGGCUAACAAAGUGGAAAUUGAAAAGAUUCGGCAAAAAGUAGAUGACUGUGAACGCUGCCGGGAGUUUUUCAACAAAGAAGGCCGUGUGAAGGGCAUCACCUCAGCCAAGGAGGUUUUGGAUGAGGACACUGAUGAAGAAAAGGAGACGCUCAAGAACCAGCUGAGGGAGAUGGAACUGGAGCUGGCACAAACCAAGCUCCAAUUGGUGGAGGCUGAGUGCAAGAUACAGGACCUGGAGCAUCAUUUAGGCCUUGCCCUCAGUGAAGUCCAGGCGGCCAAGAAGACCUGGUUUAACCGGACGCUGAGCUCCAUCAAGACAGCCACGGGGGUACAGGGGAAGGAGACUUGCUGAAAACAGUUGCUGCUUCCAGACACCGUCAGAAAACACCACCUUGUGUUGCCUUCUUUGGCCAGAUGUGUGAUUCUGUGACAUGUCCCAGGACCAGAACGUACCAGGUUGGAUCUGUAGAUGCCCGUUGUAGGCUGUUGGGCCGGGGCUCCUGCAGCAGGUAGCCUCUGGGCCAGGCACUCCUCACUACUGACACACCGGGCCUGCAGCUCUGCGGAUGCUCUGGACACAUCCCGGAAAUCGCUCCUCAGUGUGACCUCCCAGGCUGCCUCCCGUGCAGGUCAACACUUCGCCCAGCCUCAACGCUGAGUCUACAUGAUCAGAGUUUGGGGAUCCUUAAGUGUGUUGAUUUUUUUUCUAAACCUUUAAUUUUUUAAAACAUAUACAUACUCUAUAUACUGGGAAUAGGGGAUCAGAAAUUAAAAUAAUUCUUAUCUGUAAGUGCCAGCAGAAGGUCCCCAAGUAGACAUGGAAAAGCACUUUGUUUUAAGUCCUAAGGUUUCAUAGUCAUAGCUGAAGCCACCUACUUUUGUGAAACUGUAUGAUGCACAAGUUUUGGGUUUGGCAUUAUUCACACGUUUCUGAUCAAUUCUAUGCAACUCUCAUAGUUCCUGUUAUUCUUAGCAUUUGCUGCCAAAACAAUUUCACAAAGCUAGAGUGGGUGAUGUAACUGUGAGACUAUUAAUCAGAACAUGGACAGAUCUUAUUUUGCGUAAUGUGUCGUGUGUGUGUGUAUACAUAUAUAUAUAUAUAUAUAUAUGCAUACACACACAUAUCUUUCCUAAUACACCAAGUUGACAGUGUUUCAGUCCGACUCGGACUGCUGAUCUGCACAACUUAACUGCCGCGGUUCUUGGGCACUUGAUUUUACUCACGGGUUCUUGGGCUCUGCUCUCCUCCGCGCCGUCAUGGGACUGAAGAGGCCCCUCCCUCCAAAGUUCCUAGUGUGUUUGCACAACAGGUUGCACAAGUGAGAAAGACUCUGCUGUGUGUCUGUAGAAAUGUGUGUGUGUGCCUGAGGUCCCUGUCCUCCUGGCUUGGUCGCUCCCUGGCUGUCGGGGCCGAGAGUGUGGCCCACUCAGAGUGCGGCCAAGUGUGAGUGCACGUCCACAUGGGCUGCAGACCCUACCGCAAAGCUGGGGAAAUGGAGGCUUAGCACCUUUUUCAUUGAAACACUUUGACAGGCCAUCUCACAAGUGAGUCGUCUUCUCUGCGCUCCAUGUGGAGGUGGCUGGCUAAGAGGCACUGGUUUGUAUAUAGAGAGACUCGGGUCGUUCUGUAUCUCUGUCCCUGUUGGCUGUACUAAUGCUUGCUACCAAGGUCAUCUGUGAUAAGGGAGACAAGUGGCAAUCCCUCCCCCAGUCGUCCCCUCCACUGCAUUCUGUGUCUUUCUUGUUCAGUUACCAAAACCACUAUAGCCCAUCUAAUACUAGGUGCGUGACAUUGUGCUAGGGUAGUUUGUGUCAACUUUCCAAACUGAAAUAUAAACCAGUAAAACUGUACUACUAUUUCUUUUGUUGGUUUUAUUGUAACAACAUACUCAUUAAAUAUUUUGGUACAAACAGC